UAUUUACCCGCUAAAAAAAAAAACAUUAAGUGCGACACAGCCGGAAGAAGGAAACCCCGCAUGAACUUGCGCACUUGCUUGUGUUAUGAUGGUAGACGAUAUUAAAAUUGUAUCGAUUUUCUUAUGUAUCAUCGGAAUUUGGAAGUAACAUGUAACAUUACAUACAAAGACUACAGUGAUCUUAAUGAGUUGAUGAAAAUAGUUUACACUUAAGUUGAAAAAUGACCAAAGAUCGUCUUGCGGCUUUAAAAGCGGCACAGAGUGAUGAUGAUGACGCAGACGAUGUUGCUGUCAAUGUUGACAGUGGUGGUUUCAUGGAGAUGUUCUUUGAACAGGUGGAGGAGAUUAGGGGGAUGAUAGAUAAAAUAUCAGCAAAUGUGGAAGAUGUGAAGAAAAAACACAGUAUGAUUUUAAUGGCACCACAAAAUGAUGAUAAAAUGAAAGAAGAAUUAGAAGAAUUAAUGUCAGAUAUAAAGAAAACAGCAAAUAAAGUCAGGGGUAAAUUAAAAGUGAUAGAACAAAAUAUAGAACAAGAAGAACAUUCCAAUAAAUCCUCGGCAGAUUUACGUAUACGUAAAACACAGCAUGCAACUUUGUCUCGAAAAUUUGUAGAAGUUAUGAAUGAUUAUAAUUCCUGUCAAAUAGACUAUAGAGAAAGAUGUAAAGGCAGAAUAAUACGACAGUUAGAAAUAACUGGUCGAACGACUACAGAUGAACAGUUAGAAGAUAUGCUGGAAUCAGGAAAUCCUAAAAUAUUUACGCAAGAUAUCAUAAUGGAAACACAGCAAGCCAAACAAACACUUGCUGAUAUUGAAGCUAGACACAACGAUAUUAUAAAAUUAGAAAAUAGUAUACGUGAAUUACAUGACAUGUUUAUGGAUAUGGCUAUGUUAGUAGAACAACAGGGUGAAAUGAUAGAUCGUAUAGAAUAUAAUGUUGAACAAGCAGUUGAUUAUAUAGAAACAGCCAAAAUGGACACUAAAAAAGCUGUAAAAUACCAAAGUAAAGCUCGACGGAAAAUGAUAAUGAUUAUAAUAUGUGUAAUAGUAUUAUUGGCUGUUAUAGCACUUAUAAUUGGUAUAAGUGUUGGAACAUAGUAAACUAUUGUUAUUAUGAUGUUAAGUCUCGUUUUUGCUCAAACUUAGGAACAGCUGUUUUCCUGCAUCCUGACAGGUUCACCAAAUAUUGUUUACCAUGUCACUAAAUAUAUAUACAGUCAUACUCGUAUGAAAAGAACAUCAGCUGAUCAGAUGUAUAUUUAAAUUUAGUUCAUUCUAAUUACUCGAUUCAGAGAAUACCAGGUUCUGUUUUAUUAAGCUCUUUCAGAAUCUAAUGCAUUCUGGGUAAUAUUUUCACAGGCAUACACCAAAAUGCUGUGAUUUACUUAAAAUGUCCAAACAAUUGAAAUUCAAUCAAUGAUAAGACGUUGUUCUCAUUUUUUUUUAGUACGAGCAAUGAAAUUACACAUAGUUCUUCAGAUUCUGAAAUUGUAAAUUGUUAACAAUGGCAUUUUAAUUUUUGAACUUUAAAAUGGAAAUUUUAGCAAUAAUUACUGGUGUUUAGGAUGGAGUGGUGUGACUGUAUAAUAUUCUGCCAUAUAAAAAUAUACACAUCACUGGACACAUAUACUUGUGCUAAUUACAAACGUGAAAAUACUUUUUUGUUCCUUUGUUCUGAAUUAAGAAAAGGGCUUUUUUAGUAUUAUUAACAAAAGUCAUUAUUCUUUGAAUUGUUAUAAAGUAAAAAAAAAUAUCAACCAAAAGAAUGGGAAAACAAUGUCAUUUCAGUAUAA